AUGAGUGAUGAAUUUGAUCUUGUAAAUUCACAAUCUUUAGAUGCAGCUGAAAUAGUGAGAAUUCCGCCGGACGUUUUCGAACAUCUUAAGCAUGGUGAUUAUAAGAUCGUAAAUGACUCAACCGAUCGUUAUAAUAUUAUUGAUGAUAAAGGAACAGUAAUUGUAAAUAUUUCUAGAAUCAAAUCGAUUUCAACUGAAAGUGGUGAACUCGAAAGUGUAUAUAAAAUGACAGACAAAAACGAAUUUACUCAGCUUUAUAGCAUUUCUGGUUCUUGCACUGUAGUUCGAAGCAAAGGUACAUUUUCCAUUAAACAAAAAGAUUCUCCAUUGUCUCGUAAAAGCAAAAUUGAUGAUACAGAAGAAAUCAUUCCAAAUUAUCAGAACCGUUUUCCUCGAUCUUUAUCCGAAAAGUAUCAGAAAUUGCAAAACGAAUCUACUGAAUGCAAGAAGAUCAUACAGGAUAAAAUUUCAGAAUUUCAAUCACUUAUCACUUAUGGAAUUAACUCUGACAAUCAGUUAACUUUACAACGUCUAAAAGCAGAAAUAGAAUACGAGCAAAAAAGACUCAAAGAUUUGCAAAAUCAGAUUGUCGAUUUCAAACAUACAGUAGAUGAGAGAUUCGAAAAGCAACAAAAGAAGGAUGAAAAAUAA